GUGGGUUGUAGCUGAUGCAGACUUUGCUUCCUUGGUAAUGCAUCCCUACGGCGUGUAUGGCGUCAGGUAAUCCUUUCGACGCAACCCUUUUCUAGCAUCGCUCCGUAUAGUAUAGGACGGCGGGGACUACUACCACAUUCCCUGCCCUGCCACCCUCCCCCCCUGUCUCUCCACGCUGGUAUCCCGUCCGACGCAUCCUCCUCACAAGCCUGAUAGGAGCCCUUUCUUCUAAUGCCCUCUUGGGCGGCCGGCCCCUCGCGCGAUCCUACCAGGACAGAGUAUUUUAUCCACGGUGCCACUGCUCCGCCCGCCCGCCUUUUUCCUCUUCUAGUCGGGGCUCCCUGCGGACUGUGAUCGGAUCGAUUUGCCAUUCUCCUCGACAUCUUGGUUUUCCCGGUUUGCUGGCAAGAGGCAUAGACCACCGGCUGCGAAACGAUCCGAAGACAUGGACUCCCUCCCGCCGGGCAUCGACCUGUCCCAGAUCCCCGCAGGCGUCCCUCCGCCCGGGGUGCUGCCCAACUUCGUCGACCCCCCGUCGCAGUCCUGGAUCGGCAGGCUGUCCGUGUACACGACGCUGCCGCCGAUGGUCCUGUUCUUCGUGCUGCGUGUCUAUGUUCGGCUGAUAGUAGUACGGCGCUUCGGCGCGGACGACUACCUCUGUGUUCUCGCUGCCGCGUUUACCAUAGGUUUCUCCUGCAUGUUGAUACCACUAUUUCUGAAUGAUACUUGGGGUCGCCAUCUGUGGGAUAUUCCAGUGAUAGCGUUAAAUGAAGAAUUUCUCAAAUCCCUCUUGGUCCUUGGUAUCCUCUACAACUUCGCCGCCAUGUUCAUCAAGCUGUCGUUUUUCGCCCUGUACUUUCGGCUCUUCCAACCCAUAUACCGCGUCAGCGUCAUGAUCUGGGCCGGCAUCGUCACGAUGAUCCUGUUCUAUUGCGCGUGCACCGCCGUCGUCAUGGCUUACUGCCUCCCGCGGAGCAGCGAUGGCGGAUGGGUAUCGACGAGCUACAACGAGCGCUGCGGCGUCAACUACCUGAACUUGAAUGCUGCCGCCGGGCUCAUCAGCGCCUUGACCGACUUCUACGUUCUCGCCAUCCCGAUCAUCGUCGUCCGGAAGCUGAACCUCACGCCCAAGAAGAGGAUAGGUGUGACCGGCAUAUUCCUCACGGGGUUCCUAGCUUCUGCAUUCGCCGUAGCGGGUGUUGUCUACCGAUUUGAGGACAUCUUCCUCCCCCUUCCGGAUUACACUUGGUAUUCGAUGUAUACAUUUCCAUUGGCGGUUGCCGAGCUCAACGUGGGCAUCAUCUGCUGCUGCAUGCCGGUAAUAUUCGUCCUAUUCCGAGGGCUCCUGGCGAAGACAGAGUCCUUCUGGGUGUCUCUAGUGAGCUACCUGGGCCCCAGAUCCAAAUUAAGCGGCAAGUCCGCUUCCGAAGGCAGCGCGGACCCUCCAGGGAAAAUCCCCACCGGUGAGCUGCCGCAGGUCCCCAGGGGCACGUUGAACACGCUCGCUUCCUUCGUUCGCAAAGGGACUCGGUUCCAGGGGAAGACGAAUCGGGGUCAAGAGACCCGCGCGUCGACGUACGUCGAGCUGCAGUCCGUCGACAAUUACCACGCCUACGUGCAAGGAGAACAUCGCAGCGAGAGCACAAAGUCGCUCAGGAGAUAAAAGGCCCGAGCGGCAACGAUCAUGAUUAUGACCCAAGCAUAGGGCGGUUGAGGGCAUAUCGGUGUAUACAAAAUGGGAGAGGGAAUGGGCGGAUACACGGUAUCCUGCUACAGAAACGCAUCGCGGACUUCGACGUUUUUGGCAUUUGUAUAUUAUAGCGGUCGCGCAGUACAUACGGCAUCAUUAUGUAGUAUAUUCACUUUCCGUCUUCGGUAUAUAUGAGCAUCGCCGGGAGCCGUGGGCAGUAUUGCCUCAACAUGCUGCGUGUAUGAUGCCCAGCGGGUAUUUCCGAC